AUGAGUGGAUGUCCGUACUUUGAGAAGAGGCAUUUGUUAUUCAAAAGCAAGUCUCCCGAAACGGAGGAAGAGGAGGAUGCCUCCCAGGCCGGAGUUAACAAGGCCAGUAAAGGAGGAAUCAUCUAUGGAGACUACCUGCAGCUCGACAAAAUACUGUCAGCCCAGGUGCUGCAGAGUGAAUUAAAGGGGGAUAAGAUCCACGAUGAGCACCUCUUCAUCGUCACCCAUCAAGCCUUUGAACUAUGGUUCAAACAGAUCUUGUUUGAACUGGAUUCAGUGCGGAAUAUCUUCAUCAGUGGACACGUACGAGACGAACGCAACAUGCUCAAAGUUAACAACCGCAUCCACCGGAUGGUGAGGAUCUUCAGGCUGCUGGUCGAACAGUUCACAGUUCUGGAGACCAUGACCGCCUUGGACUUCUUUGACUUUCGAGAGUACUUGGCUCCGGCCUCCGGAUUCCAAAGCCUUCAAUUUCGUCUCUUGGAGAACAAAAUCGGGGUCCCGGACAACCUGAGGGUUCCAUACAACCGGCGCCAUCACAGGGACAAUUUCAAGGGUCAGGAAAGCAAGACGCUGCUCGCCAGCGAACAGGAGCCGACGCUCCUAAAACUAGUCGAGGAGUGGCUGGAGAGAACUCCCGGCUUGGAGGCGGAUGGAUUCAAUUUCUGGGAAAGGCUGGGAAUCAAUAUAUUUAAGGGGCUGAAUCAGGAGAAGGUGAAAAUCGAGAAAAUGGCAGAUUCUGAAGACAAGGAGGAGCUCAUGGCUGAACUGGGCAAACAGAAAGAGCUGUUCACUUCCCUCUUUGAUGAAAAGCGCCACGAACAUCUCUUCAGCAAAGGUGAGCGGCGGAUCUCCUACAAGGCUCUCCAAGGCGCCCUGAUGAUCAACUUCUACAGGGAAGAGCCGAGGUUCCAGGUUCCUUUCCAGCUGCUCACAUCCCUCAUGGAUAUCGACACCCUCAUGACGAAAUGGCGUUACAAUCACGUAUGCAUGGUGCAUCGUAUGAUCGGCAGCAAAGCCGGCACGGGAGGCUCGUCCGGCUACCACUACCUGAGAUCUACCGUCAGUGACCGCUACAAAGUGUUUGUGGAUCUGUUCAAUCUGGCGACGUUCCUGGUGCCUCGGCACUGGGUCCCCAAGCUGAAUCCCAACGUUCACAAGUUCCUCUACAUGGCCGAAUGCUGCGACAGCUCCUACUGCAGCAGCGAGGACUCGGACUAG